AUGGGGAGGCGCGGCGCAGACUCGACGGUUUGCUUGCCAGCGGGCUCGGCCGCCAAUUUGGCAGCCGCGCCAGGCACUCCUCGCCCUCGUUAUUAUGUAAUGGGGCCGGAGGAGCGGGGCCACGGGAAGCCCUCGCUCGUCCCUCAGUUGCAGCCGCGCCAGGCCGAGGCGAGGGAGUCGGCGGGGAGGUGGCGCCAUGAGCCAAGACGAGCCGUGCGUCCUGAAAGGGAACCUCAACGAGCUGCCCGACGGCUCCCCGGUCGUGAGGGCCGCCGUGGCCGCGCUGAGGCGCCGAGCCCAGGAGGAGAACGUACAUCCUUCGCCCUGGUCCCUGUCCGACGCCUUUCUGGUCCGCUUCUUGCGAGCUCGGGAUUUCGACGCCGAGCUGGCAUGGAAGGUAAAAGGGAACGCGCGGGCGCGUGCACGAUAGGCGCGUCUAGCCCACCCGGGCUGCGGGGGACGCCGGCUGCUCAAGGCUGAGCGCGCGCGGGGAAACCUACCUGGCUCACUCUGUUUUUCAAUGCACACAUAUCAGGGACUCAGUCCCACCUUGCUUAAGAUUGCAGCACCACCACGCUUUCUUGAGAUGCCUAAGCUUCAGGUUGUGACUACAGCACGCAUCUCACUACAAGCGAGAUGCAGGCAGAGAAUCAGUUUGCCCACAGCAAAGCGUAAGAGGAGGACAUGGGUCGGUUGCACUUCUGUGUAAUGUGCAAUUGAUUUUUGAAUUCUGAAUUUAUUGUUAUUCACGUUUUAUACUGUAUUUUAUGUUGUUUUGUUGUUGCAUCAAUUAAGUGUUUUAAAUUUGUUGUUAGCCGCCCUGAGCCCGGUUUUCUGAACCGGGAAGGGCAGGGUAUAAAUAAAAAAUUAUUUAUUUUAUUAUUAUUAUUAUUAUUAUAGCCAGGCUGAACUGUGGCAGGCUAUGGAGAGGGCCUUAGCCACAUCAGAAACAAGCAUCACAUUGCAAUUUAAAGUAGCUCUUAGAACAGCUCUUGGAAACGGCCGUGUAUGCACAUGCAAUAAUACUUCAGGACAUUUAGGAGCACCUUGAGUUAAAGCAGCUUUACAUGGCAGCUUUGGGCCUCACCCCACCCACCCCACCCCACUCUGGGGCUUCCUACCUUUACAAGCUUAAGGAUGGACACUACAGUUAUUUAACAGCAUCAACUUCCUAUUCAAAGGCACCUUGUUACAAACACACAGGACAUUUUGGCAACUGAGGCCAACCUUCCCUGGCCAGGGAAGAAGGGGUGAGUGAAGCUCCACAUCAGGAAUGGGGGGGGAGAGAGAAAGACUAACAUUGAGGUCUGCUGCCCCUGUGAGCCCUGUGGCCUGAGUUGGUCGCCUCACCUGCCCUCAUGGGUGGACUUGCUCUGGAAACACACCACGCCUGCUAAAUGUUAGAAUGAAAUAAAUUGAUGGUAUAUUUUUGCUUUGCACAGUUUCUGCUUAAUGUUACUAUUCUUGAGGGGCAGUAAAAUACUUGUUUUAAAAAUACAAGUCCUUAAAAAAAAGGCGUAGUGAAAAAAUAGUUCCCAAAGUUUCUUUACAUCACAGAAAACAAAAUAUAUGGCAUUAGAUGCACAUCAUCACAUAAAGAAUACCAUGUUGUGUGCAGCAAAUAGUCCAAAGUUUGUCCUAUAAAGCCCAGUGAGAGGCAAGUCCACUGGUCUCUUUUGGAUUCUUUAUUUGUCCUGAAGCUCACACUUCUAUGUUUGCAUAUAAAACUCCAGAGACAUGGUCUUGUAAAAUAGUUCCUCAUUCAUAGAUUACUGCAUCUGUCUUUGGACCCUAUUGGCUAGAACCUUUCAACUUUAUAUAUUUUCCAGUUAAUGUGAUCCCCCCCCCCAGGUGCACUUGCUUUUAAGGAACUUUUUAUUUCAGGAUACUGUUUAGAAUUGCCUAUUUUUCUUACCCUUUUUGUAUUUUUUCUGUAUCUUUUUGUGUUUGUAAAAACAUCCGUGGUAAUGCCUGUGCUUCUCAGUAUGGCAAGAAGCAGUAAAAAAAACAAAAGUUAUCUGAAGCAAGCAGUAGGUAGGAUACUAAUAUGCUAGCUGUUCCUCUGGUGUGUGGCAGACAUCUAAGAAGACCAGUAGCAUCUGGGUAGGUGCUUUAAUUCAGGGAUUUUACAUGGGGACAAAGAGCCAGUGCUUUUUUUCUUAAAAAAUAUUUAGGAGUAGUACUCUCGUUUUGACUCAAGAAAACCGCCAUUUUAUAGUUCAAAUCAGGGAAAAUAAAUACAGUGGUACCUCGGGUUAAGUACUUAAUUUGUUCCAGAAGUCCGUUCUUAACCUGAAACUGUUCUUAACCUGAAGCACCACUUUAGCUAAUGGGGCCUCCUGCUGCCACCGCGCCGCCCGAGCACUAUUUCUGUUCUCAUCCUGAAGCAAAGUUCUUAACCCGAGGAACUAUUUCUGGGUUAGCAAAGUCUGUAAUCUGAAGCGUAUGUAACCCGAGGUACCACUGUACAGUAAAUGGACAAAAGUACAAAGAUUCACAAAAUGUUUAGGGGUAUGUUUACCCCUGCGUCUACCCCAGAAAAAAGCACUGCAAAGGGCUAAUCCACGCACACACUGUUCCUGAUCAAAGAUGUAGUUAUAGUCACCACCUUUAAAAGAUAAGAAGAAGAAGAAGAAGAGGAGGAGGAGGAGGAGGAGUUUGGAUUUGAUAUCCCGCUUUAUCGCUACCUGAAAGAGUCUCAAAGCGACUGACAUUCUCCUUUCCCCUCCUUCCCCAUGACAAACACUCUGUGAGGUGAGUGGGGCUGAGAGACUUCAGAGAAGUGUGACUAGCCCAAGGUCACCAGCAGCUGCAUGUGGAGGAGCGGAGACGCGAACCCGGUUCACCAGAUUAUGAGUCUACCGCUCUUAACCACUACACCACACUGGCUCUCAUUAGCUAAAUUAGCUAAAUUAAAUAAAUAAAUGCAUGGAGGAUAAUGGUAGCCAUUAUGGCUAGAAGCUGUUGAGAUGUUCUGCCUCUGCUGUUGGAGGCAGUAUGCCUGUAAGUACCAGUUGCUGGGAAUCCCAAGUAGAGAGAACAGCGGCAUAGCUAGCCGCUUGGGUGUUUGGUACACGCGCGUGUCCUGCAGCCAGGGGCAGGGCGAACUGCCCAUGGGUUGGGGUGAGCUUCUCCAACGCCUUGAGCCUCUCCGCUGCCUCUCCCUCAGCUGUAGGGCAGCUGAGGGAGAGGCAGUAGGCAGACGCAAGUCCCACGCUGCCGUUUCAGGCAGAGUGGAACCUGCAGGCACCUAAGCCACCACGUCACUCCUAAAAAGUUUUGUGAGCCCAAUUAAAAAAAAAAACCUUAGUUUGUCACCCCCGCCACAGUAAUGACAUCCAGGGUGAGCUGCACCCCCCCACACACCCCCUUCCUUCGCCACUGGGAGAGAACACUGUGUUCUCCCAUUCUACUUAUGGGUUUCCCACGGGUAUAUAGCCAGCCACUGUGAGAACAGGAUGUUAAACUGCUGGGUACUUGGCCGAAUCUUGUUUUCAGAUUUCUCUCUCACACACCCACACAACCCUGUGGCUGCUUUCUGAAAGGGGUGGGAAAGCAUGUGCAGUGUUACAAUCACAGAACUCCAUGUAACAUGUCUUGUAAACAAAUAUGGAGCUGCUGCCACUCUUCGUCCCUCUUUGUUUGCCAUUAUAACACAGUGUGUGAUGCAAUAUCAUUGCUCUUGCACAUUGCCCUACCAACAGCCACAUAUCAUUAGAUGUUGGUGAUGGGGCAGCCCAAAGUCACAUCAUAUUGCAAAGAAAAGAGAGGGAAGUGGCUGCUGGUUCCCUCACUGCAAGAAGCGAAGUUACAGGGAACCAGGCAGAGGGCCUUCUUGGUAGUGGCGCCCUCCCUGUGGAACACCCUCUCUUCAGAUGUCAAGGAAAUAAACAACUAUCUGACUUUUAGAAGACAUCUGAAGGCAGCCCUGUUUAGGGAAGUUUUUAACGUUUGGUGUUAAACAACAACUGAGAAGUGAAAGAGACAACACCAUAUAUGGACAGAAGGAAUCUCCAGGGACAUAACAGUUUUCACACACAGGACAGAAUAAAGAUAAUAGUCUGAGUUUGUCACUUGAAGCUUUAUAAACUUAUAUAUUGUAACAUCAUGAAUAGAAAUCAUUGAUUAUGUAGCUGUUAACUAAGGGAUUAUUAUUAUAACUGAAAAGUAACUGACAUUCAUUAAGAUUAUGGAAUGCAGUGAUUUAAGAUCGGAAAUGCACCCAAACCACCAUGCAGGGAGCCACUUUAACUAAAAUGUAUUAAUUGGAAGUUGACUGCCAUUUUGAUAAUUGUAUAAUUUGGGGAUUAAUUGUUAUUGUUAUAAUUUGGCUAUUAUUGGGGGUAUAUUGGAAAACUAAUUACACACACACACACACAUGUUGCAUGCUGGUUUGUGCAGUUGCAGGUUCUUGGUUGGUGCAAAGAAUAGUAACAUAGGAUGGUCUUCUAUUGAGUCAGACCAUUAUCUACUACAGUGCUUAGCUCAGUAUUGUUUUCACUGAUUAGCAGCAGUUUUUCAGGUUUCAGAUUGGGAUCUAUGCCAGACCUACCUGGAUAUGCUGAGGAUUGGACCUUGGACCUUGGGGUGUGCAGCACUGAUACUCUACCACUGUUAAAAGAAAGACAAAUUUUCAGGGAUUAUUUAGGAGAUUAAGCACCUCCCUUUGUCACGAAUAAAACAUGGACUCAUGUUAUUGCCAUGUAUGCUAACGGACGACUGAAGAAGGAAUAAAUAUGUAUGUGUAUCUUUUUAAGUUUUGUAAGUCAUGCUGCCAGUGGGUAAGGCACAGAGGAAAGCAAAAAGAAAGGAAACAGUGAUCUUCAGACCAUGAAGUGGCUAGCUGAACAUAUCCUUAGAAGAAGGAUAUAGGAUCUGAAUGGCUCAGCUGAAAACCCAUACAGUGGUACCUCGGGUUACAUACGCUUUAGGUUACAGACUCUGCUAACCCAGAAAUAGUACCUCAGGUUAAGAACUUUGCUUCAGGAUGAAAACAGAAAUCUUGCUUCGGCGGCGUGGCGGCAGUGGGAGGCCCCAUUAGCUAAAGUGGUGCUUCAUGUUAAGAACAGUUUCAGGUUAAGAACGGACCUCUGGUACGAAUUAAGUACUUAACCCGAGGUACCACUGUAUUGUCUUUUAAGCUUCUGAUGAUAAUAUAAAUGCUUAUACCUGCAUUUCCAAUAAUAUAAAAGCACAAAGUUUAUUUGAUGUCUGUUUGCAGUGCCAUUCAUACAUCAAUAAUACAAGGCUACCUGAUUCUCUUUCAUUCUAGGAAAAAUGUACAGGAAAUUAGGGCACAGGAAGGAAGAGGGCUCUUGCUGAUUCACAGAUGCCCGUGUGUUGAUUUAUUUUAUUUCAUAAAAUUUAUAUAUGGCUUGAUUGCAGAAAACCUCAUAGCACACAUGCAAACAUUUCUCCCACAUUUUAGCAUGCAUAUAAAACCUUCAUUUAAUAGGUAUGGAACCCCACCUUUACACUUCCUUUCACACACACACACACACACACACACACACAAAUACAAAUGCAUUUCUCCUCACAUGUAUGCAUGCAUAUACUCACAAGAGUACAGAAAGGAAAUGAGUACUCCCAUAGCUUUUCCUCUCUGUUCUCCUGCCCCUCAAACCCAUGUGACCUCUCUCUCAUCCCCCCUCCUCUCUUUUACUCUUCUUCAUCAUCCAGACCCUUACUGGUGCUUGCAGGAAGAAACAUGCUGUCAACUUAUCUCCCAUAAGUCUUUGAUGGAAGAGGUCCAGGAUGAGGGUGUUUGUUGAUGCAUUGUGGGCUAGAGAAGCAGCUGGAAGGCCAUCUACUGACCUUCUUUACUUCCAGUGGCCUAUCAGAAAGAAUAUCUCCUGUGCACUAGUCUCAGAUCCUUGGCAACUUAAGGAUCUCUGGUAACCUAAAACCUUGCAAGCAAGCACAAUUUUUGAGUUAUAUGAAGCUGGUCUGAUGGGGAGCAUAGAACUGUUGGCAUCCUCCCAACAGUGUUGUUGUUGUUGUUGUUGUUGUUGUUGUUGUUGUUGUUUUUAAAGCCUUGGGAGUCUCCAGCAUCCACAAUUAUCUACUCAUUUGGGGUGUGUACUUUAGUUAUAUGAUAGAGGAGGAAAAACCACACGGUAGCACCACUUGAAUUAUAUCAAGGUAAUUAUACUCACUCCUGAGUCAGUUAAUGUUAGUUAGUUGCUUGCCUUGCACUCCUUUUGUGCAGUUAUUGAUUCACAGUCAGAAUAGAACAAGCGCUACAACUAAUACUUUGCUACAAAUGGCAACAUUUAUUCAUACUGUUAUGGGGAUCCUAACAAAGUGAUACAUUUGGUCUCCAGCCUAACUCCUCACUGGAUCAAUAAUGCACACAAGUGUGCCAGCAUUCUUUACUGCUGUGGCUGUGACAGAAAAUCUAUUAUCACUAUUGUAUCUAGGAGCUUUCCUCUGAAUAGUUGAGAAAUGGCAAAGAUAGAAACGGUUUGUAAUUGAGAAAGGCAACAUUCAUAGUACCCAUGCUUUGCAUAGAUAGAUAGAUAGAUAUUAACAACAUUAGAAAACAACUUCAAGUGAGUGAAAUUACUCAGAGACAACCCUCAGUGUCAAAGUUGGAAAAGAAGAAAUACUGCCUUCAAGAAAGGAAUUCCUUCAGAACUGUGGCUAGUAAGGAAUCUUGAAAUACCAAUUGGCCCUAUAGAUAGAUGACAGUAACCAUUGCAAAUAGGGUAAUUGUAAAUAGGUCAAAUUUAUUUUUAAUGCAGCAGUUUUGUACAAAAGCAGUUUUGUGCAAAACAACUGUAUAAAUGAAUGAAUAAGUGCUCCAUGAAUAUGCCUGGUGAAAUAGACAUAAGAACUUCUCUGCUCUCUUAAUCUCCCAGGGCAAUCUGUUUCUAGAUUUCUGCUCCAAGUACAUACUUCCAGGUAGGGUCUGGGCUUCUCACAACAGCAGCUUGUGUGGGCUUGGCUGACUUAAGCCUUGGUACAACUCUGCUGCCAAUACCAGUUGUCAGCCUUUUCUUCUUUUGGCUCUGUCUCCUGUUAGACCACAUCCACCCACCAACUCCAUCCCCUGUUGUGCACAUUUCCUACCUUUUGACCCUUCCUUUUAUGCCUUCCUCUUGCCAUUAAUAGUCCACAAGGGUUCCUCCUGAUCUGAGUGAUCAGUCUCCUUCCCACACUGCUUCAUUCAAGGUACUUCACAUCAGUGGAAGCACUUGGGAAGAUAUGGCUUAGGUCAGUGAUGGCCAAACCUGGCCCUCCAGCUGUUUUGGGACUACAAUUCCCAUCAUCCCUGACCACUGGUCCUGUUAGCUAGGGAUGAUGGGAGUUGUAGUCCCAAAACAGCUGGAGGGCCAAGUUUGGCCAUCACUGGCUUAGGUCAUGGUACCCCUGCAAUGUAUACACAAUCUUAGUUCAGUGUGAUACAGUAUUCCUGAUUUAGGAGCUCGGCACAAUCCAGAGAUAAGGAAUCAUGGUGUUUGUUUAAUACAGUCCCAAACUGUGAACGCUUGUGUAUUAAACUUAACAAAUCUGUUUCCUUUGCCGUAAGUGUUAUUCAAAAGAAGGAGGAUUAUGUCACAACAUAAAGUGUUAUUGGAAAAACAAGCAUCCUGUUGAAAAUGGGGGAAAGGCUAAGAAUUAAGCAUUGGGAAAUAUCCAUUCAAAGUUCAUAAGAAUUUCUCCAACAUUUGGGAACAAACUGUGAGGCUAGACUUUUUCCAACCCAAAUAUCUCCGGUUGAAAGCCUAAGGAUGAUUAAUGAGGAUAAAUCAUUUCUCAUAUGAGAAGCACAUAAGCCUUUAAAGCUAUACAUUAAUUUACCUUUUGAGCCCUGGGUACUUGUCAUUCCUGCUUUAAUUGGUAAAUGAACAUGCCUUAGAAUAACUGUGUUGAUUGCUAAGAUCAUGAGAUCACUCUACAGAUGACCUGAGUAAACUGAAUCAGAUUUGCUAGUGGGUGCAUUGGUACAAAUGUGAAAAUCCAUAAGCAAAGUCCUCUGUUCCAAUAUAAGAAGUAUGCAUGUUCAGGAAACAUGCAGAUACUGAUCAGAACAAUGAAAGACAAAACUCGAAUGAAAUUAUAGGUUGUACGUACACUGAUAUGAAUGCAAGAUAAGAUCAUCUGCCCAAAUGUAUUCAUUAGGUGAGAGUGCAGAAAGAAGAUGCUGGAUUUCUCUAUUAAAAAAGAAGCUUGGCUCAUUUCUUCAUUCUUUCCAGGCACUUCUUCACAGUUGUACAUUUAGCUUCUUUGUUUAGCACAUUUAGCUACUUAACAUAGUUCUGAAGGUAUCAAAAACUGCUCCAUAUUCCAGAAUGAUUGCCUAAAGAGACUUACUUCAUGUUGAUCAUGGGGCAAGUGCAUUCAGAUAUCAACAAAUCACUCCUUGGAAGCUUUGUUCUUAAUGAAAGUGAGACAAUUUAUACAGAUUUGAUAAUGGGACCAAAAAAUGAAGGAGAAAACUUGUAUUAUUAUUUUGUAUUUAUGAGAAAGAAAAAGAAAUGAAUUGUUGACAGAAGAAUAGUAAUUGAAAGGUAGCUUCAUCUACCUGGAUAAGUCUUAAAAUAAACUAUGGAUAUUUCCCUGUUUACCUACUAAGUGUAACCUAUUAAGUAGCAAAUAUUGUUCCAAGUAAAAUUCCUGUUAGACAAGACUUAUGUAAAAAUCAUGUUCUGGUUGGAUAAUAGUUAUGUAGUGCUCCUGAAUUCUACCUUGUUCUGAAUACAGUACCAAUGGGGAAAGGAUCUGUUUUCUUUUCCUCCAAAAAGAAAGACCAACAUUGUCUCUGAACCAGGCUAGCAACCAGAAAAAUCUCUAUAGUGCUUGACAGUCUUGCUGUAAAAAGGUGUUGUUAUCUGCAUUGUUUACUGGUGGUGUGUGGGAAAAUGUAGGGUUGAAUCCAAUGAAGUCAUUCCAUCAGCACGAAUACUUUCACCUGCACAACAGGACUUUUCCUCCCUUGUCUUCUGCACCUCCCAGUCUGUUUCUGAGGGUUCCCCCAACCUUCCAGGGGAGAUUUAGGGGAAGAGAAGUCACGUUGUGCAGGCAGAAGUCUUUGCACUCAUGGGAUUUCUUCUUUGGAUACAACCCACAUGCUUGGUUUCAGUGAUUUCUUUACAUGCUUACUCAGAUGCAAAUAGGAUCCAGUGGGGUUUACUCCAAGGUAAGUGAGCACAGGAUUCAGCCUAAGUGACCAUGUUAAUAAUUGUGGGACCCAUGCCUCUGCUGCUUUGUUUGACCCACACCAAGCUGCUUUUAUUUGAAAUUGUUUUGCUUCUUAAUAUUGUAUACUUGUAAGCAAGUUUUACUUGUUUUCAGUUGUAUGAUUAUAUACCCUUUAUGGUGAAGUCUGGGUUGGAAACCUUAUACUGGUCCUGUUUUGGAAGCUUAUACUUUCUGUCACAAUCGUGCACUGUUCUUCCUCCCAUCAAGUUCAAGGCAAUGAACACAAGGGCCUGCUUCUCCACCCCCCCUCACAGCAAUCAUGUGAGGCAAUUUAGCUUGAGAUGCUGUAUAUUGAAUGGUACAGGAUUAACCUGUGAGCCUCAUCUCUGAGUAGGGAUUAAAAUCCAGACUCCUUGCUACCUAAUUGCACCACAGGGAUUAAACCUGCAACCUUGUCAUUAUCAGCAUCACACUCUUAUCGAUAGGUAGCCGUGUUGGUCUGCCAUAGUCAAAAUAAAAAAAAAAAAAAACAAAAAAAAAAAAACCUGCAUUUUCCUCUCAAUAUCUCUCCCUUUUCUCUUUCCCCUUUUUUUCCCCUCAGCUGCCUUGUGUGAGAGACAUAGAGGAUGUGGAGCCCUCAAAUAUUUCACAGUACUUUCACACAGUGUAUUUAGUUCCUGGUGCUAUGUGUUGACUUCAACAUGACAUUCCAGAUUCAAUGUAGAAAUUUAGAACAAAUAUUUUAUUAUCAAACACUCAUACGGUGACAACAUCCAUCAACUAAGUCGAACCUUCUCUAACUGAACAAGCUAACUGACAGACUUGCUCUUAAGAUUCUGUUCAUCUUUAAGGUACAGUAACAUAUAGCAUCAGGGUAUGUGAGUGCAAAGGGGGCUGUGGAAUCUGAGGCAGGAGGAAGCCCAGAAAUGGAGGGGGAUCUGUGUGCAAGGGAGAAUUGUAGGAAGGAGGAGGUAGGAAUAAAGGAGAUGAAGGUAAAAAUAAUGGGUUGUAUGGACAAAGUGGGCUUUGAAUUAGGACACUGGAGGAGACAUGGAAGUGGGGAUGGUCUGUGUGCAAGCAGGAAUUGAGAGAAGGGAAAAGGGGCUGAAGGUUAAAAUCAGCUUAGCAUUUUUGUAGCCCAUGAAGGGUUAGGCAUUUAUUUAAGUGACAUCAUUUCAAAGCAGGUGAGAAAUCAGCAAACGCGUGUAUUUUGCCCAUUAUUCUUGCAGCCUAGUCCACUGUCCAGUUUAAGCCAAAGUACCACGUUUAAGCCAUUUUAGUUCCAUUGGCCUUUUGGGGGGGAAAGUGCUUACUUUAUUCAUCUCCCUCUCUCUUCUCUUUUGUCAUUAGAAAAAUGGGACCCAAAGACAUUCACAGCAUUUGAUUUGUUUCGUUUAAGUCUUAUCACAUCUGAGCUCAUUGUGAGAGAGCUAGAAACACAGCGGAAUGGAGUCAAGGGUAUCUUUGAUCUUCAAGGAUGGAGAUUCGCUCAUGCAUUUCAGAUCACACCUACUGUUGCCAAGAUAAUAGCUGCCGCGAUCACAGUGAGCUUUGGUUCUAAAUUUUAGUUAUGCUGUAAGCAGAUAGUGGCUUUCACGUACCAAUGUUUUUGGAGAACAAGAGCAUUAGAUAGCUCCUGUGUUUUUAAUACAGUCUAAUUCUGCUGUUCUAGAUGGCUUGAGGUAUUCUAACAACACCACUACCGAUAUUUAGUAUUAUUAGCACUUGGUCAAGUGGGCAGAGUGUGUCAUGUCCUCCUUAGGGAACCAAUAUAACUCCUGACUGGGAGCUGUGGGGCUGAGCAGAGAUGUGGAUCCACUGCUGCCUCUUAAGUCCUGCUGCUCAGGGUGGAAAGUGUUGGUGGUGGUUCAGGUGUAAUGAGGAAACUAUUAUUAAUUAACCCAGGAAUGCCAAGAAGGGAGGAGGGAAGGGCAGCGUGAGAAUGGAGUGCUUAAGCACAAGGCACAGGCAUAUCUCAGCUUAAUAAGGCAAGAUAUAUCCGUCUGAACUGGGCCAAUUUAUCCUGCAUAUUCUCAACCCCACAUUUAUUUUCUUUCUUUUGAGAUAGGCAUAUUGUGACCGUUUUAUAAGUGCAGUCCUAAGUACUUGAAAACCCAGGGAUGGUUAUGGUCAGAAAACCUCUGCUUAAAAUCAAAUGUAGUCUGACAUUUUGGCAGGUCUGCUCAUGUGAAUGUAAGCAUUAGAAUAUGAAGAUCCUAGUCUUCUAUCAUGCUUCUCUCCACUCUCUUCGCAGGAUGCCUUUCCACUAAAAGUGCGUGGAAUCCACUUGGUUAAUGAGCCUUUGCUCUUUCACCCAGUCUUUGCUCUAAUUAAGACAUUCCUCUCAGAAAAGAUCAAAGCACGGGUGAGUAAAUGCUAAUUCUUUUUCUAUGAAAUUCACACAUUAUCCCAACACAUUUUCUUUUUAAAUAAAAAGAGACUACACCUCUUUUAUUUCAAUAGGGUUCUAUAAGUUUUAUAUUUCAUUAAUGUGGAUUCAUACAAUAGUUCAAAAUGCCACGAGAUGGUGCCAUUCAAGCUAUUUUCAUGCAUGUUUCCCAUGUAGGCCACACUGUAUUCCCCACUGUCUCCAAAGGGUUGCCUACACAAGAACAACAGCCCUUGUAGAGAUGCUCCACAUUGAAUCCUAGAACUGUAGAGUUGGAAGGGACCCUUAGGGUCAUCUAGUCCAACACCCCGCAAUGCAGGAAUCUUAACUAAAGUAUCUAUGGCAGAUGACCAUCCAACCUCUGCUUAAAAACCUCCAAGGAGAGUCCAACACCUCCCGAGGGAGUCUGUUCCACGGUCAAACAGCUCCUACUGUCACAAAAUUCUUCCUGAUGUUUGGUCAAAAUCUCCUUUCUUGUAACUUGAAUUCAUUGGUUCAGGUCCUAGCUUCUGAAGCAGGAGAAAACAAACUUGCUCCAUCCUCCAUGUGACACCCCUUUAGAUAUUUGAAGAUGGUUAUAAAAUCUCCUCUCAGUGUCCUCUUUACCAGGCUAAACAUAGACUAUUUCCUCAGCCGUUCCGCAUAAGGCUUGAUUUCCAGACCUUGAUCAUCUUGGUCGCCCUUCUCUGCACAUGUUCCAGCUUGUCAAUAAUCUUCUUAAACUGUGGUGCCCAGAACUGGACACAGGACUCUAGGUGUGCUCUGACCAAGGCAGAAUAGAGCGGGACUGUUAUUUCCCUUGAUCAGUAUACUUCUGUUGAUGCAGCUUAGAAGACCAUUGACUUUUUUUGCUGCUUCAUCACACUGUUGACUCAUGUUAAGCUGGUGGUCUAAGACCCCUAGAUCCUUUUCAUAUGUACUACUGGCAAUCCCAUCUUAUAUUUGUGCAGCUGGUUCUUCCUGCCUAAGUGUAGAAUUUUAUAUUUGUCCCUAUUGAAAUUCAUUUGUUAGUUUGGGCACAAUUCUCCAAUCUGGUCAGGUCAUUUUGAAUUCCAAUUUUGUCUUCAGUAGCACUGGCUGCACCUCCCUGUUUGGUGUCAUCUGCAAAUUUGAUGAGCAUCACCCCAAUACCUUCAUCCAAUUCACUUAUAAAGACAUUGAAAACAACGGCCCAGGACAGAACCCUGCAGCACCCCACUCAUCACUUUUCCCCAGAAUGACAAGGAACUGUUAGUGGCCAUUCUUUAGUUUUUAGCAGCAAACAGCUACAAAUCCACCUAACAGUUACCUCAUCCAGGCCACAUUUUACUAGAUUCUCUGCAAGAAUAUGAUGGGGAAAUUUGUCAAAACCCUUCCUGAAAUCAAGAUACACUAUGUCCACAGCAUUUCCAUGAUCCACCAAGCUUGUAACUCUAUCAAAAAAAGAAAUGAGAUUAAUUUGGCAUGACUUCUUUUUGAGAAACUUACGCUGGGUCUUUGUAAUCAUAGCAUCAUUUUCUAAGUGUUCACAGACUUGUACUUCAUCUGUUCAGAUCCUAGGAUGGUUUACAAAAUAAUUCAAUAAAAAUAUAUGUAUCACAAAGCAAAUAAUAAAACUUGAAAACAUCAGAUAAAAAUUAAUAUGCAAUCAUAAGUCAUAUAGGCAGGUCUUUUGUUUCAGCCAGAGCUCACCAGAGGUCAGUUCCAGCACCUCUUAGGUGGGUGCCAUUGCCAUUCUAAGAGAACAAGGGAGAACAUGGUGAGCUCUGGUACCUCUUUUUCCAGAAAAAUAGCAUUGCAUAUAGGUAGAGUACAGCACUUUCAACACCUUGAAUUGGGCUUAGUAGGAAACAGGCAGUCAGUGGUCUCAUUAUGAACGACUGUACACAUCAGUGUCCCUAUUAACUAAGCCACUUGCCUUAACAGUACUUAAACUGUACAAUUCUCUGAGAGUGAAUUUUGUCUUCUUGAAUAGUAUUAAGUAAAGGUAGAAACAAUUCCUCUUAUUGCAGAUCCACAUGCACGGGAGUAACUAUGUUCCUACUCUCCAACAACACUUUCCAGCCAGCAUUCUCCCAAAAGAAUAUGGCGGUGAAGCUGUCUCUGUUGAAACCCUUUCCCAAGAAUGGACUAACUUCGUAAUGGAUUCUGAAAGUUAUCUUCAGAAUAUUACUCUGAUUAAGUAGUAUAUUCUGGGAGAAGCACAGUUAUUUGAUUAUUAACCAAAAUAUGAGAGAGAGAUGAUGGUGAUGAUGACAAUGAUAGCUUCAAUGUGAUUUACAGAAGAUUUAAAUGGGGGUUGAGGUUGGCUCAGACUACAGAAGUUAGUGAAACAAACAACUACAUAUGCAGACUUGCCUUAGAUAAAUGUGAAAUUGCUUUUAGACGAAUGUCAAAUGUUUUGAUAUCUGAAUAAUAUUUCUGGAGAAUAUUAUCUGCUGCAUUCUUUCUUAAGGCAAGGAAGAGAACAAGUAAAAUGGAAAUUUUGCAAAAAGGGUGGUGAAUGUGUGGGUCCUCUAGAUGUUGCUGGACUCUAGCUUCUGUUUGCCCCAGCAAGCCUGGCCACUGGCCAGGGAUGAUGGGAGUUAUAGUCCAUUAAUGUCUGAAGGGCACAGGCUCCCCGUCCAUUUUACAGGAAGGGAAAUAUUUCCACCAUAAGGCACUUUGCAGCUUCUUAUAUGUUAAUUGAAUUGCCUGCUGGAUGUACGAUUAAAACAAACAUAAGAACAACCUAAGAUCAGAUCAAAGGCUCAUCUACCCCACUGUUCUUCCUAGUGGCCAACUAGAUGCCCUUUAGAAGCUGGCAUGUGUGGCAAAGUGGAAGUAGCCAUUUUCAGUUUCUUGCCUUAAUAUCUGGUAUUCAGAAAUAUGGUGCUUCUAAAUACGGAAGCUGACUUCAGCUGUUAUGACUCAUAGCCAUAAAAUAAUCCAUAAUACACAAAGUUGUCUUAUUAUCAGUCAUGAACCUACUUUCAAUUAUGGUGCCUUUGGGAUACUGGUGAGGGAUCAAACUUUUUAUACAACAAUAACUAGUAAUUUAGAUAUAUUUGCAGGCUAAGCUUAUGUUUACAUAAAAUUAAUCUUUGUUACCGGUAUAUUCAGUGGAGUUUUUUCUGAGCCUUCUGUCUACUCUGAAGUAAUUGCAGCUGGGUUCACUGGGACUUACUCUCAAGUAAGUGAAUAUAGGAUUGCAGGUUUUACUUAUUCUUUCAUUGUACAAGCUGACAAAGGGCUAACAAGUAAAUACAUAAAAUAAUAUGCACCAACUGCAGCAUAGUCCUUAGAAUAGUAAUUGUGCUUAGACACACUAAUGAUUUUCUUAGCCUUACUGUUUGCCUUCAGAAGAUUAUCAUUCCUUGAAAUUAUUUUAUGGGGAGAGGUGGAUUAUCUGUGAAGUACUUAGCUACCGCUGCCGGAGAGGGGUUGGUAGCAUAGUGCACUAAUGGGAAAAGUCACAUUUUAGCUGUUACGUAUUUAUUAAUUCCCUAGUUGGGUAAGCCCUGAUUGCUUAUCCUCUUGGACAAGCACCCUGAAAAGAUGUGAAUACCUGCUAAUAUGAAACAGUUUUGCUACAACAGUGUUUUCUGCAAAGCAAAAAGGAAAGCUCUGUCACGCUGCGGUGCCUUGUCACUUCCCAGCACAAGGCAAUGAGCCUAUUCUGAUGGUUCUGUGGCAACUACAAUAGCUUUAGGUCCUCAGGAUGUAUAAACUUUUCUUAUUUCAUUGGAUUUUGUGUGGAUUACCCACAAACUACUGUGACAGAUCUACAGCUUUCUCUGUCUACCUAAACCUCUUACCAUGUCAUGCAUCUGACAAAAUGGGCUUUGGGCUGAGAAAGCUUAUUCUGCAAUAACAGGACAAUCAUAUGCAUCUCUGCUUAAAAGUCACCCCCAACGAGUUAAGUGCACUGGAUUGCAGUCUAAAAAAUUAGUCUUUAAUUAAAGUGUCACAAUACUCUGUUACAUGUGAUAAAUACUUAAGCAUUUGCCAACGUUGUUCUAUUAACAGUUACUGAGCAAAUUAUUUAUUAAUGGGAAAGAUAUUUAAUUUUCAGAUGUCUAAUUUAUAUUUUAUCCAGCAGUUUUAGAAUCCUAUAGGGUAGCAUGACAUCAGCAGAACAGAAAGGAAGAAAUCAUGUAAUUUAGAAACGAUAAAGGAACUCUAAUUGUACCAAGUGUGCCUAAAAACAACAACCCAACCAGCAACAUGUUAGCAGAUACAAUUUGUUAUAUGCUGUAUUUUUUUUCUAAUUUUGUACAUAUAAAAUUAAACAUUAUAAAUGAGCCAA